UGCAUAGAAUAUCCUUGAGUGCCCUAACUUGGAAGGGUUUAAGAGGCAAAGCGAGAGCGAGGCGCGCUGUCUAGGGUUUAAGAGAGAAAGCUCCGAACCACAAGCAGAGCUUUGGGAGCCAAACUUGACGAUAGCAAUGGGCGGCUUUUGGGGAAUUGAAGUAAAACCAGGGAAACAGUAUCCUAUUGAUUUUCCAGAAGAUGAGGAAGCAAGGCUUAGGAUUACUCAGGCGACUUUAGGUCUCGGCGACUCAAAGGGGAGGAGCAUAGUUCAGUGUUCCGUUGGAGAUAAGAGUCCUAUCUUUUUGUGUUCUUUGGUACCUAAGAAGAACGAAUCGUGUCCCUUGAAUCUUGAAUUUGAGGAGGAUGAGGAGUUGGUGACCUUUUCGGUCAUUGGCAAACAAAGCGUCCAUCUCUCUGGCUACUUUGAGACUUAUGAUGAAGGCGAAGCUGUUGGAGAAGGAUAUGAGUCAGAUUCGUAUGAGGAGGAUAUUGGUGAGUCUGGGUCGGAGGAGUCAUCAGAUUAUGGUAGUGAUGACCAAUAUGAGCUAAUUGAUAAUGAUCUUGACAUGGACCGGUCUUCACCUCCUACCAAAAGUGGAGUUAUAAUUGAGGAGAUUGAGGAUGAUGACAAGCCUACUAAUGGAAAGGGUCAAUCUAAACCUCUACUUGAAUUCAAUCAAUCAAAUGGCUCUGAGAACAAUACAAAAGGUGCAGGUGUCCCUGUUUUGGAAAGUGAAGAUGACGAUGGCUUUCCAAUAUCCACGAAAAACAAAACCAAUAUUGAGAAGCCUGAAUCACCAACAGGACACAGAGAUAAAGUAACUGAGAAAACCAAGAAGAGGAAAGCAAAAGAUGGUGAUGAUGCUACUGGAUUAAAAAGGAAGGUUGAAAAUAUUGACCAAGAUCAUCAAGAAGGGCAAAAGAAGAGUAAGAAAAAGCAGCAACUUAAGGAUGGAAGUACUGAUGAAAAGGAAAAGCAACCUGAGGUCUUGAAGAGCAAAAAUGAGCAUGGACAACUGCUAUCUAAUGAGAAGAGCCCUGACAUCAAAAUGGACUCUGUUCCUACUGAGAAUCAGACAGAGGAGAAAAAAAAGAAGAAGAAGAACAAGAAGAAAUCCCAGGAGACUGAAGAAAAAACUAAUGCUGAUCAAACUGCUGCUAAUAUGGAAAAAACCAAUGGCAAGUCAUCUAAAGUGAGAACCUUUCCAAAUGGAUUGGUAAUCGAGGAGGUUGCUAUGGGUCGACCAGAUGGCAAAAGAGCUGAUCCGGGAAAGAAGGUCAGUGUUCGCUACAUUGGGAAGCUAAAGAAUGGGAAACAAUUUGACGCAAAUGUUAGAGGGCCACCGUUCAAAUUCACAUUAGGUGUAGGACAAGUUAUAUCAGGAUGGGAUGUUGGGGUUAAAGGUAUGCGCGUUGGGGACAAAAGAAGACUCACCGUUCCACCAUCAAUGGGGUAUGGACAGAGAGGUGCUCCCCCUGCGAUACCACCAAACUCAUGGCUUGUGUUUGAUGUCGAGUUGGUUGCUGUUAAUUGAUUCAGAUGCUGUCAUUCCUCCACUUUUUAAGUUUCUUUUUUCUGCUGGGCAGACCAGUCUGGAAAAAACGAGUGUAUCUGUUUCUAGUCGCUUUAUCUCUGUGAACAUCAUUUGAUGUCAGUUUUGAAGACAUGCACAUUUUGAUGAGAUUAAGAUCAGUUUGGUGAUAUUACUGAACCAUAAUUCUAGUGAUUUGACAUUAUAAAUACUUGUAUGUUGCUUUUAUUUUUAA